AUGAGUGGAUUAUCACUAACAGUUGAUGUUAUUGGCACAAUAACAAUUGAUAUAUACGGUUCUGCAACAAUAAACUUGUGGAAUAGAGAUGUUGGGAUGAAAGUUAAUUCUACUAUAUCAACAAAACUUGAGGGAAGCAUAAAUUUGGCAUCUUCAAAUAAUUUAAUUGGAAAGGCAACAACAUUAGUAUAUGCAAGCGGUAUAGUAAACAUUCGAUUUGAUGCAGAUUUCUUUACAGUACCUCAUUUAUUUUGCAUAAGUGCUUCGCAUUCACCAAUUGUUAUCAAAUAUACGUAUAUUUAUAGUACGAAAGCCGGAAAAGAGAAACGCUUAUGGCAUAACAUCAAGUUAUCCGGUUCCAGUUUAUGGUUGAGUAAGAAAUUAUCUGAUCAUUGCUCUUUGUUCGAAAAAUAA